UUCUGAUGCUUUCCCAUCUCUACUUCUUUUAAAAGGAAAUUUAACUUUUGUCCGCAAAAGUUAAAUUAUUAAGCAAUGGCCGAUGCGUGGGAUAUAAAAACGCUUAAGACGAAGCGAAACACACUCCGCGAGAAGCUGGAGAAGCGGAAAAAGGAGCGGAUCGAGAUACUGUCCGACAUACAGGAGGAUCAAACGAAUCCGAAAAAAGAGCUCGUUGAGGCUGACCUGGAGGUGCAGAAGGAAGUGCUGCAGGCAUUGAGUGCCUGCUCCUUGGCCCUGCCCAUCGUUUCGACGCAGGUUAUGGAGAAGAUUGCUGCUGCCGGCAGCAGCCUCGAAAUGGUCAACUUUAUUCUGGGAAAACUUGCCAACCAGGGCGCCAUAUCCAUUCGAAAUGUGACCAUUGGCACGGAGGCGGGCUGUGAAAUCAUUUCGGUGCAGCCCAAGGAGCUAAAGGAGAUUCUGGAGGACAUUAACGACACCUGUCUGCAGAAGGAGGAGGAGGCCAAGCGAAAGUUGGCAGAGCUUGUGGAGGCCGAAGAGGAUAUCCAACCUCUGGAAAAAACGAUGAAGAUUGAUUGUUCCUCCCGCAAGGAUGCCUCCAAUGACAUAAUGAUGCUGCUGUCGAUGCCCUCCACUCGCGAGAAGCAGAGCAAACAGGUGGGCGAGGAGAUCCUAGAGCUGUUGACAAAACCCACCGCCAAAGAGCGAUCCGUGGCAGAGAAAUUCAAGUCGCAUGGCGGGGCACAGGUCAUGGAGUUCUGCUCCCACGGCACCAAAGUGGAGUGCCUCAAGGCCCAGCAGGCCACUGCAGAGAUGGCGGCCAAAAAAAAGCAGGAGCGUCUAGACGAGCAGGCACUGAGAGGAGAGGAUGCGGGCGACAGCAGCAGCACAAAGCCACCAAAGGCCGGAACCCCCCUUGAAAGCACAUCGGAAGAUGGCGAAGUCAUACCCGAAACGCUGACAAAUUGCGAGGGCGAGUCCCAGGAGUCCACCGAUGGGAGCGAUGCCUCUGGCGAGACACGCGACAAGUGCACCAAGCUCCAUUUCAAGAAGAUCAUACAGGCGCACACGGACGAGUCCCUGGGGGAUUGCAGCUUCUUGAACACCUGCUUCCACAUGGCCACCUGCAAGUAUGUGCACUACGAGGUGGACACCCUGCCGCACAUCAACACGAACAAGCCCACCGACGUGAAAACGAAGCUGAGCCUGAAGCGCAGCAUUGACCCGAGCUGCACCUUGUACCCGCCGCAGUGGAUUCAAUGCGAUCUGCGAUUCCUCGACAUGACCGUACUUGGAAAGUUUGCGGUAGUAAUGGCCGAUCCACCCUGGGACAUACACAUGGAGCUGCCGUAUGGCACCAUGUCCGACGAUGAGAUGCGUGCCUUGGGUGUGCCCGCGCUACAGGACGAUGGCCUGAUCUUUCUCUGGGUAACUGGGCGUGCCAUGGAGUUGGGACGUGACUGCCUGAAGCUGUGGGGCUACGAGCGGGUGGAUGAACUCAUUUGGGUGAAGACGAACCAGCUGCAGCGCAUCAUCCGCACUGGACGCACCGGCCACUGGCUGAAUCACGGCAAGGAGCACUGCCUGGUGGGCAUGAAGGGCAAUCCCACCAAUCUGAAUCGCGGCCUCGACUGCGAUGUGAUCGUUGCCGAAGUGCGCGCCACCUCCCACAAGCCGGACGAGAUCUAUGGCAUCAUCGAGCGCCUCAGUCCGGGCACACGCAAAAUCGAACUCUUCGGCCGCCCGCACAACAUUCAACCGAAUUGGAUAACGCUGGGCAAUCAACUGGAUGGCAUACGCCUGGUCGAUCCCGAGCUGAUCACGCAAUUCCAGAAGCGCUAUCCCGAUGGCAAUUGCAUGUCCCCUGCGGCGGCAGCCAAUGCAUCGGCCAGCAUCAAUGGCAUUCAAAACUAAACUGUAACUAACAUUAAGAUAAA